AUGUCUUACAACGACACUCAGCACCGGGGUGAAGCCGCUGGCUACUACAACCCAGGCGACCUCAGCCUCAACCAGGACCAAGCCGUCAGACAGGCCCAAUACCACAAGAACGGCCGCGAAGACCACGAAGACGAUGACAGUUCUCUGUUUAGCAAGGCCAUGAGCUUCCUGGGUGAUAACAAGGAGAAGCUGGGCCGCGAGGACAUUGACGAGCAGAAGGUUGUUAACUCCCACCAGAAACUGUACGGGGAUGUAGAUGACAGGAACGAGAAACAUGGUGCAGAGUCUCUGGGCUCCGGAGCAGCAAUGCAGGCUCUUAAGAUGUUCUUGAACGAUGGGAACAAGAACCAGGGUCAAAAUCAGAGUCAGGGAGGUGGCGACCAGAACAAGCUUAUUGGCAUGGCAAUGGCUCAGGCCGGCAAGAUGUGGGAGCAAAAGAACCAGGAGGGCCGUGUGGACACUGAUAAGCAGACUGCCGUCAACAUGGCUGCUCAGUAUGCUCUGAAGAUGUACCUAAAGGGCCAGAUGGGUGGUGGCAGCACUGGAAUGGGUGGACUCGGCGGUGGACUUGCUCUUAUCUCUAGUGCCCUGGGAGGCGGUGGUGGUCAUCAACAACAGCAGCAGCAGAGUGGACUGGCCGCUCUUGCCGGUGCCCUUGGAGGAAGUGGAGGUCAGCAGCAGCAGCAGCAACAACAACAACAGAGCGGAGCUUCCAAUCUCCUAAACAUGGCUUCGAAGCUCCUAUGCCGAGGAUGUCAAGUUGUUACCUAUUAA